AUGGAUCCAUUGGCUAAAUAUCUUGUUGUGUCGUUGCCACAAUCGACUGAUGCAAAAACAUGGUUAGAAAGAUCCUUAAAUGGGGGGAAAUGUCCAAUAUCCCAAUUUAAAUUACCAGAUUUUCAAAUUGGAACGUUAGAUUCAUUAGUUCAACAGAGUGAAGAAUUGGCUAAGUUAGAUCAACAAUUAGGCACCUCAGUGUCUAAAGUAGUUGAUGUAUUAGAUUCAGUUAAUGAGAAUAGUUCAUCAUCGUAUAGAUUGGUUAAUAAUAAACCGGUUAUAAAUUAUACUGAAUCAUUUCAAUGGAAUUCAUCAAAAUAUAGAUUAGACAAGCCAAUAAGUGAAUUACUGAAGGUUAUUUCUGAUGAAGCGCUUACUUUGGAUAAUGAUGUUCGUGCUAGUUAUCAACAGUAUCAAAAUGCAAAAUCAAAUUUUUUAGCAGCAGAUAGAAAGAAAAAUGGAGAUUUAUCAAUUAAAUCAUUGCAUGAGAUUGUUAAGCCAGAACAUUUUGUAUUAGAUUCAGAACAUUUAACUACAAUUUUAAUUGCUGUUCCUAAAAAUUUAAUUGGAGAUUUUAAAAAUUCUUAUGAAACAUUAACUGAAUUUAUUAUUCCAAGAUCUGCAAAUGAAAUUGCAAAAGAUUCAGAAUUUUCUUUAUUUACAGUUACUUUAUUUAAAAAAUAUCAGCAAGAUUUUAUAACUGCUUCAAGAGAACAUAAAUGGCAUCCUCGUACUGAUUUUACUUAUUCUGAAGAAACUCUCAAUAAUUUGAGAAAAGAAUUUGAUUUAACUAAAGCUACUGAAUCAAAAUCAAGAAAUGAUUUACUUCGUUUAGCAAAAACUGCAUAUUCAGAAAUUUAUACCGCUUGGUUUCAUAUAAAAUCAAUUAGAAUAUAUGUCGAAUCAGUUUUAAGAUAUGGUUUACCUCCUCAGUUCGAUGCCUUUUUAAUUAAAUUCACUGAUUCGGGUUUGAAAAAUUUCGAUAAAACUAAAAAAGAAUUAAUUGAAAAAUUUGGUUACUUAGGUGGAGAUGGAUUCUCUAAUAAAAGUAAUCUUCAUGAAUAUGCUUCUUUGGUUGAUACUGAUUACGAACCUUUCGUCUUAUAUGAUUCUGAAAUCAUUUAG